GCCAUAAUUUAAAAAAACGCACCGACUCCCCUACAGCCGCCAGCGAUCCCAAUCCCCGACUCCUCCGGCAGCCCGCAACGACUCGCGCCGCCUCCGGUCGCGCCGGGUCCAGGUAAAGCGGCUUCCAUCUCCUCGGUCUCAGCGCGUCAUCCCCUCCUCCUUCCUCUUCCGUUUCCCUUAGGGUUGGAGUAGACACGUCGGCUCAAGGAUCCUUCGAGGGACUGACUGGUUGUGCAAAUACCUACUUUUAAAUUAUUGAAAGUGGGAGCAUGAAAGGGUCAGGACACUUAUUGAUUUUGAACAAAGAUCUAGCAUGGAACCAUCCUCACAGCCUCAACCAAUGAUGGGUGUUGGGUCACAACCUUAUCCUGCUGCUGCUCCCUAUGUGCCAGUACCUGGAUCUCUUGCUGUUCCUCCUGGCUCACAGCCAGCAGCAGCAUUCCCCAAUCCAACUCAACUCAGUGCUCAGCACCAGAUGGUGUACCAGCAGGCUCAGCAAUUUCAUCAACAACUUCAGCAACAGCAGGAACAACAGCUCAGGGAGUUCUGGACUACCCAGAUGGAUGAGAUCAAGCAAGCAAAUGACUUCAAGAUCCACACCUUGCCACUUGCAAGGAUAAAGAAGAUAAUGAAGGCUGAUGAGGAUGUGCGGAUGAUCUCUGCAGAAGCUCCUGUUGUGUUUGCGAAGGCAUGCGAGGUAUUCAUAUUAGAGCUGACAUUGAGGUCAUGGAUGCACACAGAGGAGAACAAGCGCCGGACCUUGCAGAAGAACGACAUUGCAGCUGCCAUCACCAGGACUGAUAUAUAUGACUUCCUGGUGGACAUAAUCCCGAGGGAUGAAAUGAAAGAGGAGGGGCUCGGACAUAAUCCCAUAGUUGGCCUGCCGCCUGCUAUGGGGGCUCCAGCUGAUCAUGGUUCUCAUCCAUAUUACUAUGUGCCAGCUCAGCAGGUGCAAGGAGCAGGUAUGAUGUAUGGUGGCCAGCAGGGUCACCCAGUGACUUAUAUGUGGCAGACGCCGCAAGGGCAAGCGGCAGAGCCCCCCGAAGAGGAGCAGCAGCAGUCUGCCUGAAUGUAGCAAAUAGACGAUAACAGCAAAGCAAUUACAUCUUGAUCUGAAGUUCUGAACUUAGUUCUCUAAACAAACAAAUAUGAUUUGGUUAUGUUAAUUGUGCAGAUGAUUGCAGGCUGAAACAAUUGUCGCUAAUUAGGUGUCAUAGCCUCAUAGGGUUUCCUAAUGGUAGUUUCGACUCCCGACGCUGCCACGGCAGCAGUAGAAAAUGAUUGUAAUUUGCAGACUAAUGUAGUAAGAUUAGCCUUUUCUGUCUAAUCCAAUAUACGAUUGAGGCCCUCGUAUGAACUGAGUGUUUGUUUGCCUUAUUUUUUUAA